AUGCGAAGAAGAAGUAACUACUUAUAUACUUAAAUCAUUAUUCGUUUGACACUCGUCAAUCUGAUCGACGACGAAUCGUAUAGUGACUCGUUCGAAGAUAUUUAUUACCAGUGCUACCAGGUUUCCUUUUUCUUUUUUAUUUUUUUUUUCUUUUUUUUUUUUUUUUUAUUAGCAGUGUACUUACAUAUCCAUUUAUAAACGCAAUAAAUAAAUUUCAAGUACAAAGGAAACGUAAAUGCAUCUCUACGAUGUAACAGUGUUAUAUACUCUUUGACUUUAUCGACGUUUCGAGAAGAAAGGAUUAAAGGAGAGUUACAUUGGUGCGCGUUUUUAUUUAUUGACGAUUACUAACAAUUGAACAUGUGACGAAAAAGGAUAAUAAUAAUGAUAACGACGACGAUGAUGAGGAUGAUGAUGAGGAUGAUGAUGAUGAUGAUGAUGAUGAUUAUCACUGUUCUGACAUUAUAAUAUGAUUUUUAGUUCUAUCGGAAGUUCACUGUCCUUUUAACAAAAAUUAUCGUAUUAAGAUUAACAAAAUGAUCAACGAGAUUGCAAAGCUUAUAUUUCUUCUCCAUCAUCUAUUGUUUUUGUUAAAUGGAGCAAUGGCCAUCAAAUCACCAUGCCCGGAAUAUUUUCGUUAUAUUCGUAACAAUAAUUUCGAGGACAUGGGACAAGUGGAAAUACCAUGGCCACCAAGAAAUAUGGCGUUGCAUUUGAAAAUAGAAUUAUCUGUGGCAACGUCUUUACCAUCGAAAUAUGUCGGGCGAUUGGAAUUGGCACAAUCAAAAGAAGAAUCAGUUAGAGCCGUUCAACAGGGAAGAUCAUUAUUUUAUUUAGUUCAUUUUCCAAUAAGCCAGCCAUUACCGAUCUUAACAAAUAUAUGGUUCAAUGAACAACUAUAUUGCAGUGGUCCGCGUGCAUUGGGACGAAUCGUGACAUCCAUUGUUUUGGAACAUACGCUUUUUCCACCAAGAAUAUUAACUAUUUCACCUAAUCAAGGAAACAAUCUUGAUACACAACCGAAUUUCAAUGAUUUUAUACCGUUCAAUCAAAUCUGGUCUCCGUCAUUGAUACAAGAAACACCAUCACCACUACCAUCACCACCACCACCACCACAACCGCCGCCAUCAUCGCCACCGCCACGACCAUCACCACAACCAUCACCACCAUUAUUCUCAAUACCAAAUAAAAUGUUAUCAGAAAACAAACCCUUGAAUGAUAACAGCGACGAUAACUGUGGUCGUGUUAAUAUUCCAGAUAACAAUAUUAAUCCUUUAAUAGCCAAAGGUUUGGAGACAAGUCCAGGUCAAUGGCCUUGGUUGGUCGCCAUUUUCGUCGUCAAGAUACAAUUUGAAUUUCAUUGUACUGGUACUCUGGUUACGAAUAAGCACAUUGUUACAGUGGCACAUUGUACAAGAUUAGAUGACGUAAUCUUACCAGCCAGUACAAUGCUCGUUUCAUUAGGACGUUAUCGUUUACGAGAUUGGAGAGAAGAAGGAUCGGUUAAUCGAGAAGUGAAAGAAUACAAAUUACAUCCAGAUUACAAGAGUGAUAUUAAAGAUCCAACUGCUGACGCUGAUUUAGCUGUAAUAACAUUGUGGGAACCAGUCGAAUUUUCUGAUUUUAUCAAACCAAUUUGUCUUUGGUCUGGAUCAAACGAUCUACGUGAUAUCGUUGGAUCCAAGGGAUAUGUUAUUGGUUGGGGUCAAGAUGAAUUUGGUAAAUACUUGACUAAUCCUCACAUGGCCAUUGUACCAAUUGUAUCUCAGGAAGAUUGUCUCUGGAGUAAUGCAGGUUUUGUCGCUUUUACAUCCAAUCGUACUUUCUGUGCUGGUUCUAGAAAUGGUAUUGGACCAUGUAAUGGUGAUAGUGGAAGUGGUUUGGUGAUACGUAAAACAGAUGGACGUUAUCAAUUACGUGGUGUUGUUUCACGCUCUAUUUUAGAUAGAAGUACAAUGUCCUGUGACCUUAGUCAUUAUGUUGUUUAUGUCGACGUAGCAAAACAUUUAGAUUGGAUACGUUUGCAAAUAACUUUGUGAAGUUAAAUUUGAUAAGACAAAAAUCGAGUAAAUCCAGAUGAUAUGGGCUGGAGAUUAUGAAAGCAGUCUAAUUCAGAUAUUUUUCAUAAUAUUUGUAUUUGAAUUAUUUAAUAAUUAUCAUUUUCCAUGAUGACAACAUAUAGAAAAAAUAAAUAUAUAUAUUUUUAUUCUUGUGAAAGAUAAUACUUUUAAAAAUUAAUUUAUAAAGAAAUAAAUAAAAAAGUUUAAGAAUAGAGCAUCCUAUAAAAUAUAUUUUUUAAUAACUCAAAUGAUUUACAAUUAGAACACUUUCAUAAUCAUUAGUUCAUACGUUGUUCCUUUUAGAUUUGUUACAUUUUUUCAGCUACCUCUGUGAUCAGUAUCGCACACACACACAUACACACACACACACACACACACACACACACACACACACACACA